AUGUACAUCCUCGACGCCGGAGCUCGAUUCUCCGCCGUUAGAGUCUCACCGGUGUUCAAUCCUUCGCGGAGAUACUUCACCGUAAGGGCGACUAAUCUUCCGUUUCCGAAGCAUCAAGCUAAGUACCAUAAAGAGCUUGAAACCGCCAUUGAUGCUGUUAAUAGAGCUUGUCGUCUCUGUGUCGAUGUUAAGAGAUCACUUUUUUCUUCAAAAGAGAAGAUUCUUGAGAAGAAUGAUCAAACUCCAGUUACUAUUGCAGAUUUUGGAGUCCAAGCUUUAGUCAGCUUAGAGCUUUCGAAAUUGUUUCCUUCGAUACCUUUGGUAGCUGAAGAAGAUUCUCUGUUCUUGCGUGCGAAUAAUCUCGUAAGUUCUGUGGUAAGUGAAGUUAAGGCAAAAGCAAGUAUAGGAGAUGAUCAGUUGUCUGAUUCUGAUGUAUUAGAAGCAAUUGAUAGAGGUGGAAAGGAUGCUUACACCUUUUGCAACAAACCAGCUACUUAUUGGGUUUUGGAUCCAAUAGAUGGCACAAGAGGGUUUCUUAAAGGAGAUGAUGCUUUAUAUGUGGUAGGAUUGGCUCUUGUUGUAGAUAAUGAAAUUGUGCUAGGGGUCAUGGGAUGUCCAAACUGGACAGGAGACUCUUCAGAUGGAUCCACCGGGACCUUAAUGGUCUCACAUAUUGGUUGUGGAACAUGGAGUAAGAGGUUACAAAAUGUCUCUGGCAAAGUAUCCGGUGAUUGGACAAGGUGUUUUGUUGAUGCAUGUGAUAUAGUGAACAAGGCUCGGUUUUGUAUCCCGGAGAGUGAAACCUGGGAAUCACUUCCUCUCACUGGUUUGUUCGACGCAAGAAUAGAUUCAGAUUACUUAAAACAUAAAGAAAUUCUUCUUUUGCCCACAUGUUGUGGAAGUUUGUGCAAGUAUUUGAUGGUAGCUUCUGGUAGAGCAUCGGUUUUCCUUCUCCGAACCAAAACUCAGCGAACAAUAAAGGCUUGGGAUCAUGCAGUUGGGAUCAUAUGUGUUCAUGAAGCCGGAGGAAAGGUAACAGAUUGGGAAGGAGAUGAAAUCAAUCUGGAGGAAGAUCAAUCAGAAAGAAGGGUCAUAUUUCCGGCGGGUGGUGUUGUAGUUAGCAAUGGAAGUUUACAUCAUCAAAUUCUUGAGAUGAUAUCUUCUGCUUCACCAACUCCUUGA